CUGCGGGGGCGGGGGCCGCGCGUCAUUCCCUGGAACCGGCGAACUUCCUCUCGGCUUGUCUGGGUCGCCCUGUCUGCCGGCCGCUGGCCCCGGGCUCGCCCGCUGGCCCCAGCCCUCUCCUCUCCUCUCUCCCUCUCUCUCUCAGCAGCUGUCUCUCUCGUGCCCGCUGGCCUCUCCUUCCCGCAGCCGCCUCCUUCUCCGCCUGCUUGGGUGGCCGCCAUGGGCCGGAAGCGGCUCAUCACUGACUCCUACCCCGUAGUGAAGAGGGGGGAGGGCCCCGCUGGGCACAGCAAGGGGGAGCUGGCACCGGAGCUAGGGGAAGAGCCCCAGCCCCUGAGCGUGGAUGAAGCAGAGCUGGAGCUGCUGAGGCAGUUUGAUCUCGCCUGGCAGUAUGGGCCCUGCACAGGGAUCACACGGUUGCAGCGCUGGCAUCGGGCGGAGCAGAUGGGCUUGGAGCCUCCCCCAGAAGUGCGUCAGGUGCUACAGACCCACCCUGGAGAUCCCCGCUUCCAGUGCAGCCUCUGGCAUCUCUAUCCCCUGUGAGGUACCACUUAAGACUUCCUGCCCACUAUCCCAGGACCUCAAGACACAAGUGAGAGCCAGUUGCUGCCCCCUUGGCUCAGUUCUGCCGUGAAGAACCUUUAGCAGGAAAAGAAUCUUAUAGAGAAAAGAGGCUGAAUCUGGAGGUCUCUGAGGCUCAGCCCUCCAUCUAACCAGCAGGCUCCUGGAGCUCCCUCUGAGAGCCAACACAGCUGAAGCUUAUACUUCCUACAUGGAAAGUUGUCUCUGAGGAUAAAGACUUGGCCAUGACCCUCGGAUGCCUGCUACACACCUCUUCAACCAUAAAAACUGUGGUCCUGGGAACAGUGUGGCAAAUAAGCACAGCCUUGGACACAGCUAGACUCAGGCAGAUGUCUAAGAGGCAAAGAUGCACUCCCUACUCAAAGCUGGGAAUCUAAGGGCAGAACUGGCAAGGGGUUCCUAAUGCUUAUCAAUAAAGAACACUGAGUCUGGAAGCCUAACCUCCAGUCCCUUAAUGUGGCCCUGAGUGGGCUGCCAGCAACCAGCAAGCCGAAGCUGACAGGUGGGAGAGAACCAGAACUAUGCUUUCCCUUUGCUGCCCAGGCCUAGACCUUGGCCAGAAGAAAGACACCUUAAAAGACCAUGGGACAAGUCCACAUUAGAGCUGAUCAGCCUCUGGCGCCCCCUGGUGGUGGACAGGGAAACAACUCUAGUCACCUUCGAAGACCAGCCAGAGAAAACGGACCUGACCGGCUACCUAGCCUGCCCAGUGUGGCCCACCUCACAAAAAUGGGUCCUUUGUCAGAGGAGAAUCCAUAGGGUUCACACCUCAUAAGGUCCAAACCUACACAUUCCCGCCAAGCACCUCUGCUUCCCACACUGGGGCCACCUGGAUCCAAAGCAGGGUUGAGGAGGUUCUCAACCUGCAGGUCCUGCUCAGAGAUGGCCAUCAUCUGGUGGGCUUUGGUGGGGGAACUGGGUAGAGCAGAAACAAUGUUUAGGGGCCCCUGGGAUGGUAUCAUAUGGAGAAUGGAGUCCGUGUUCCUCA